CUCCUAUAUUCUAUAUUGUUCCUACUAGACCCAUUUGUUCAUGGUAAAUCCCGAUGACUGGAACCUCGCCCGUGACCUUUUUGAACAUGCAGAUUCAGACAAUGAAUUCUCUGGAUUCGACAAUCUCCACCGUUUUUCCAUCGAGACUGAAGAUAUCGAAACCGGUAUUGCGGCUUGCAGCGAGUAUGGCAGCGUCUUCAGCAUGGCGAAGGAGGUCCAAAUCGUGCACAUAAACGACAUAGACAUGAGCCCAUCCAAGAUGCAACCUCAUUCAUCACCAAUCGAGCAUCUCUAUAUCCUCGAAGGUGAAAUGGGACCAGAGGCAAUGCGGGUGUUUAUCCAGAGUUGCAGAACCCUCCGCGCAUUCAACUACACCUAUGGAAAGAUCGAUAUCUUCGAGGAGCAUUUCAGGCCAUUAGAGGCUGUUCAGCUGCUUCUUGGAACAAAAUCCGGUGUGGAAACUCCAGAUCUAGUGAAUGUGCUGCCGGGAGUCAUUGGAGCGGUUGACAAUUCUAGUGUCACGGAAGUUCGCGUACAGCAGUUUCCAAAUUUGAAGAAGGUUGGCAUUGGAUUCUGUCAAGAGGCAAUGGAGAGAAACGUGGAAUUACAGAUGGAGGGAGUGGAGUUGACCAUGCUGUAUCAGUCCAAGCCAGAGCGAGCUGCCUAUGUCUACGAUAGAGAGGGUUUUUCAUGGCUAGGGUCACCGGUUUUCAGACCUUGA